AUGACCAACAUUCACAAUGCAAUUUCAUCAGUCAAUUUGCAAGGUCAAAUCAAAGUCUCCACAGCAAUAGACUCAACCCUAAUUUCCAACCCCUACCCACCUAAUGAUGGAGUUUUCAAUUCAGAGUCAUACAUAAAACCCAUUGUUGAGUUCUUGAAGAACACCGGAGCCCCACUUCUUGCAAACAUUUAUCCUUACUUUGCUUACAUUGGUGAUAAAGAAAACAUUCCUCUUGAAUAUGCUCUUUUCACCCAACAGGGGGAGAACAGUGUUGGGUACCAGAACCUGUUUGAUGCAAUGCUUGAUUCAGUAUAUGCUGCACUUGAGAAAGCGGGAGCAGGUGAUGUGAAGAUUGUUGUUUCUGAGAGUGGGUGGCCAUCUGCAGGUGGAGAUGGAGCUUCAGCAGAAAAUGCAGCCACUUACUAUGCCAAUUUGAUUGCUCAUGCAAAGAGUGGAAGUGGAACUCCGAAGCGACCAGGUGGGUCUAUAGAGACUUACUUGUUUGCAAUGUUUGAUGAAAGUAACAAGCAGGGUGAGGAAUCUGAGAAGCAUUUUGGUCUCUUCACUCCUGAUAAAUCACCUAAAUACCAACUCAGUUUCAAUUAGUUCAAAUUCAGACAGAUUUAUAUACAUAAUCUUCAAUUA